AUGGCCGUUGCCGGUUUGCACAACGUGUCGUCGGCUUUCGGCCCGUCGUUCUUCAGUGACUCGCGGCCUGCCACCCGUGCAUCUGCGCUCCUACAAAUGUGGCGUGAGCUUGAGAACGAGCAUAUAGUCGCCCGAUCAUGUGGGCCCAGUCAAAGGCAGAGAAAUGGCUCGGAUAUGGAGUUCUCCUCGAGCAGCGAGAAUGGUUCUGAAGACGGUAGCAGUGUGUUGUCAGACGAUUUGGGUGAAACCGAGCGUGAGAGGGUGAGACAUAUUUUCCGCGAAUGGAUGAGUAGUGGUUCCAAGGGCCGGUUUCGAAAUAUUGAGGACGUUCGUGAGGGGCUUUCGGCAGAUUGCCGGGUUGAAGUGGGCUUCAGGCCCAUUCGGAGAUUGUGCGGCAGGCAGACCCUUCUCGAUCUUGUCCUGAGGGCGCAGGCUGAACGGGAAAGGGAAAUCUCGGUAUUGAACGAGCGCAGGCCGGUGUCGGAGUUUCCUCAUCGUAAUCGUAUUCAGGCGCUCCUCAGAGGUAGAUUUUUACGAAAUGAAAGAGUUUUGGGGGACGAGAGGCCGUCCUCGAGGGGUGCAGCUGAACUGGGUUUGCUGAGGCAACGGCAUACAGUUUCUAACCUUAGGGAAGGAUUCCUCUCCAAAUUGGAGAACUUGGCUUCGACUUCAACUGACUCUGCCGACUCAAAUAACUGCGCACCAGAGUCUACUUGCCCGGAAAAGGAAGUUAUUGAGGUACAAACAUUGCCGGAUUUAGAAGCUACCGAAGCAGACAGGAACGCACAAGAACAGCAAGUACAAGCUACCGAAGCAGACAGGAACGCACAAGAACAGCAAGUACAAGCUACCGAAGCAGACAUCCGUGUUUCUCACAUUGAGACAAGUGAUAAAGAAGACUUCUUACAUGGUUCUCAACUCGCAAGCAGACAAGAAGAUCCAACUCCCAACACUGAAGUACAAAUUCAUUUUGAUAUUGACCCGCCUUUAGAAGUUGAGGACGUUAACUUCAGCACACCGGUCGAGAAUUAUACUGCCUACUCGUUAGAGAACGUGGAUGAGGAAUUAGAUUCACGACAAGGUUCAGGUCAAAUGGAAGAAGAGUACAGAGUGUCUGCUGCUGCUUAUCAGUCGAAUCCCAGCCAAUUUGAUUAUGAUGUUGAAGUGCAAGAUGAUACGGUUCACGAACAGCACGGGGGAUGGCAGAGCAAUUAUCUAGAGGAGGCUAUUGACAGCUGGCUUGAUAUGCCUUCUCGGCCUUUUGACACGUUUUCCCUACCUGAUGAUGAUCGUGCUCACAGUGUCGAACUUAGAGAGCUUUUUGGCAGGAGACGCGUGUCGACUCUUCUUGGGAGCAGUUUCAGGGAGAGGCUAAACCAGGUGCUGCAGUCCCAUGUGGAAAGGCUUCAUCGUGCUUCGGGUGAUUGGGUCGACCAAGAACAACUCUUUGAAGGGGAUCAUCCGAACCGCUCUGUAUCAGAUGCCGACGAACAUAAUCAAUUUGAUCCGUCUUCGGACCUUUUUGGUGGGUCCCACCAACUUUGGGGUGAUGAGGAGUUUCAGGGCAUGAGUUGGUCCCACCACCACCCGAAUGCACAGUUGGAGACGGAAUGGGAGGUGAUAAACGAGUUGAGGAUUGACAUGGCCAGGCUUCAACAAAGGAUGAACCACAUGCAAAGCAUGCUCGAAGCUUGCAUGGAGAUGCAAAUCGAGUUGCAACGUUCCGUGCGCCAGGAGCUUUCUGCCACUCUAAAUCGGCCCACUUUUCCAACCGAUGCAUCUAUGGAGUCCCAGUGGGAUCAUGUGAGGAAAGGAAUUUGCUGCAUGUGUAGGGACAGUAAAAUCGAUGUCUUGCUCUACAGGUGUGGGCACAUGUGCCUGUGUUCCAAAUGCGCUGAAAAUUUGGUCCGCUGUGAGGGAAAAUGCCCGAUGUGUGAGGCCACAGUGGUCGAGGCGGUCGAAGCUUAUUUCACCUCAGCAACUCAUAAUUAA